AUGUUGGAGAAAGAAAACGAACUGAUUGUACUACAUAAGAAGCGGGAUCAGGAAAAACAAGAUAAAGAAGAUGCUGCGUUUCGAGCGACACUUCGGCUUCGAUAUCUACGUACAAGAUCAUCAUCAAUUUCUACUGCACCGUAUACUACUACGAAAAUAUUCAUGCCUGUUGCUAAACCAUCACGAAAAAGUGGUCAUGUUGGGGCUUCAACAAUUGUUUUGACAGAUGAUCAAAAAGAAAAUAUUCGAAUUUUGGGUGACGAUCCUGAUUCUCCUAUUCGUUCGGUAACUGUGUUGUGGCGCUGGAUGAAGAAGUUAGGUUUUGCAUAUAAAAAGACAUCUAAAGUUAUUGUGCUCCUUGAUUCUCCUUUCAAUAUGGCAACUCGUGCACGUUAUUUCGCCAAAAGCAAUGAACUGAGAAACAAUGGUACUCUUAUAUUUUGGCAAGAUGAAACGUGGUGUAAUCAGAAUGAAGAAAAAACCUUUAUUUGGAUUGAUAGAGAUACAGGUGCUAGUCGUCUACGACAAAGUACUGGCAAAGGGAAACGGCUCGCUAUUUCUGCGCUGAUGGGCCCAUCAGGUUUCCAUGCAUCAUCCAUUGAUAUAUUUGAAUGUAAUGAAGAUUACAAUAUGAAUUCAGCACAUUUUCUGACAUGGAUCGAUCGUACUGCGUCUCUUCUUCGAAAGGAACUUGGUAAGAUUUCUCUUUUAUCAUUUUCACUAUUAUUUUUGGGCUUAGGAAAAGGUACAAAAAUGAUUCUGGUGAUUGAUAAUGCCACAUGGCAUAGUCGACUCACAAAUGACACAACACCACCAAAACGAUCAUGGCGCAAAGAAGCUAUUAUACGAUGGCUCAAAAGCCAUAACAUUGUUGUUCCUGAAAAAGCUGUCAAAGCGGAAUUACUCGAGAUUGCUUUAGAUAACCUGCCCCCAAAAAAAUAUGAAAUCGAUGAAGCAGCUAAGAAAUACAAUGUUGGUAUUUUGCGGUAUUUUUUUAACUUCAGUGCUUACUUUUGGUCUCAAAAUGAGUAUUUAUAG